AUGGCGCCGACAAAGGACACCCCCUUCCGUUCAGCGGACAUGAGCAUGGUCCAGCUCUACAUUUCCAACGAAAUAGGCCGUGAAGUUGUCAACGCCCUGGGCGAACUUGGCCUCGUCCAGUUCCGCGACCUCAACGGCGACCUAAGUGCUUUCCAGAGAGCUUAUACCAAAGAUAUCAGACGCCUCGACAAUGUUGAACGUCAGCUUCGCUACUUCCAUUCUCAGAUGGACAAGGCCGGCAUCCCUCUCCGCAAACUCGACCUGGAUGUUGAGACCCUCGCCCCUCCGACCACCACCGAGAUUGAUGAGCUGGCCGAACGAUGCCAGGGCCUCGAGCAGCGUGUUUCGUCCCUGAACGAAAGUUACGAGACACUGAAGAAGCGCGAGGUCGAGCUCACCGAGUGGCGCUGGGUCCUGCGUGAGGCUGGCGGCUUCUUUGACCGUGCCCACGGCAGCGUAGAAGAGAUUCGCGCCUCGAUCGACAACGACGACGCCCCGCUCCUGCAGGAUAUCGAACACAACAACGGCGCUGCCGAUGUGGAGCGGUCCUUCUCCGUCAUGAACAUUGGCUUUGUAGCUGGUGUCAUUGCCAGAGACCGUGUUGCCGCCUUUGAGCGUAUUCUCUGGAGAACUCUCCGUGGUAACCUUUACAUGAACCAGGCCGAGAUCCCCGAGCCUCUCAUCGACCCUUCCACCAACGAGCCCGUCGCCAAGAAUGUUUUUGUCAUCUUUGCUCACGGCAAGGAGAUCCUCGCCAAGAUUCGCAAGAUCUCAGAGUCAAUGGGCGCUGAGGUAUACAAUGUUGAUGAGAACAGUGACUUGCGUCGGGACCAGGUGCAUGAGGUCAAUGCUAGACUUAACGAUGUCCAGAACGUUCUCCGCAACACCCAGCAGACUCUUGAGGCAGAGCUCACUCAGAUUUCUCGCGCCCUUUCUGCUUGGGUGGUACUGAUCGGCAAAGAAAAGGCUGUCUACAACACGCUCAACCUCUUCUCCUACGAUGGUGCUCGCCGCACUCUCAUCGCCGAGGGCUGGUGCCCCAAGCACGAUCUACCUCUGAUCAGGUCGACCCUCCAGGAUGUGACAAAUCGCGCUGGUCUGUCAGUGCCAACCAUCAUCAACGAGAUUCGCACCAACAGGAAGCCUCCUACUUAUCUCAAGACCAACAAGUUUACCGAAGCAUUCCAAACCAUCGUCAACGCCUAUGGUACCGCCACCUACCAAGAAGUCAACCCUGCCAUUCCCGUUAUUGUUACCUUCCCCUUCCUGUUCGCCGUCAUGUUUGGUGAUUUCGGUCACGCCAUCAUCAUGCUCUGCGCUUCGCUGGCCAUGAUCUACUGGGAGAAGCCGCUCAAGAAGGUCACCUUCGAGCUCUUCGCCAUGGUCUAUUACGGACGCUACAUCGCUCUUGUCAUGGCUGUCUUUUCGGUCUACACCGGCCUCAUCUACAAUGAUGUCUUCUCCAAGUCCAUGACACUGUUUAGCAGUCAGUGGGAGUGGGAUGUUCCUGAAGGCUGGACUGAGGGUGAUACACUUGUCGGCAAGCUGAAGGACCCCAACUACCGCUACCCCUUUGGUCUUGACUGGAGAUGGCAUGGCACUGAGAACGACCUCCUCUUCAGCAACAGUUACAAGAUGAAGAUGAGUAUCAUUCUUGGCUGGGCUCACAUGACGUACUCUCUCUGCUUUUCGUACAUCAACGCCAGGCACUUCAAGAAACCCAUUGAUAUCUUAGCGAAAGCGGUCAAGCGGCUGUUCAAAAGUUCUUGUUGUUCUUCGCACGUCCUUCAGGUGCCGAUUCUCUUGUUCCUCAAGCCCUUUUAUCUGCGCUGGGAGCACAACCGCGCCCGGGCCAAGGGUUAUCGCGGGAUCGGCGAACGAUCAAGAGUUAGUGCUCUGGACGAGGAUGAUGAGGGCCAUGGAGCAAACGGUCGUCCCAGUGGAGAAAGUGACGAGGGCGUUGGUAUGAUCGCGCAGGGUGUCGACCACGAAGAUGAGGAGCACGAGGAGUUUGAGUUUGGUGAGGUGAUGAUUCACCAGGUCAUACACACUAUUGAAUUCUGCCUCAACUGCGUUUCCCACACGGCUUCCUACCUUCGUCUCUGGGCCUUGUCUCUUGCUCAUCAACAGCUGUCGGCUGUGUUGUGGAGCAUGACCAUGGGGCCCGCACUGAAGAACGGCAAGGGCAUUGGCGGCGCCAUCUUCCUUGUGGUGAUCUUUGCAGCCUUCUUCUGCCUCAGCUGUAUCAUCUUGAUUAUCAUGGAGGGUGUGUCGGCCAUGUUGCACUCGUUGCGUCUUGCGUGGGUCGAGUCUUUCAGCAAGUUUGCCGAGUUUGGUGGUUGGCCGUUUGCGCCCUUCAGUUUUGGGACGUUGCUAGAAGAGAAUGAGGAGUUGAAGGAAUAUCUGGGUUAG